AUGCAAAAAACAACAAGAGAUGUAAAAGGUAAAGGGAAAGAAGGUGUGAAUAGAAGUUCAAAUUUCAGAGAUAACAAGCAAACUUACCCAAAAUGGGGUAAAGGAAGACAAGAAGUAAAGGGAAAAAUGGCUGCAAAUGCUUGCAGUCAAAGUGAAGGUGGCUCACUGAGUAGUGGAAUCAAUGCACAACAAUUAGAGCAACUGUUAAGGAUGUUACCUCUUCCAUCAAAAGGAGGAGAUGAUGACUCUGGAGAAAAAAUGGAGGCAAAAAUCAACUUGCCAACAGGAGAAACUUCCAUGGUGUCACAAUGUGAGAGUGUGAAACUUGCAAGCAAUAUGAAACUUAAAUUAGUGAUGUAUGUACCUAGCUUGAGGCACAAUCUUCUAUCUGUGCAGAAGCUGACAACUCAUGAGGGACGCAAAGUUGUCUUUCACCCAAACGUUUGCAUCAUACAAGAUUUUGCCACAUCUCAUGUGAGGGGUGUUGGAAAAGUUGUGAAUGAGAUUUAUUAUUUCAUCAACUCACCCAUACAAGAAGUGUUGCAACAAGUCAAUCAACUUGUUAACAAGAAGAAAGAAGAAACUACUAACCUGAGAAUGGUGAAAAAUAGUGGCAUGACAGCAAACACUGAACUCAGGGUGCCAACAACAGUAGAAAAACAAAGAAGCAAGAUUACUGAGAAUAGUAGUGGGCCUAAAAAUUUCAAACUUGUUAUGAAACAACCUCAUUGGGUUAGUGCUACGAAUGAGGAGUUGAGUGCUCUUGAAUCGGACCACACAUGGGAAGUCACUGAACUUCCACCCAAGAAAAAACCUAUUGGGUAUUUGGCAGCUAAGCAAUUUCUCUCCACUCAAUUUCGUAUGAAGGACCUAGGGGAGUUAAGGUACUUCAUAGGUAUUAAAGUUGACAGAACAAAAGAAGGGUUCUUCCUCUCUCAGAAAAAAUAUCUCACAGAUGUUCUUAAACAAUACAAUAUGACUCACUGCAAGCCACUUAAGGUUCCUAUGAGCCCUCAUGUCAAGCUCACUGCAGACCUGGGAGAUCCUCUGCCUGACGCUUCAGUUUAUCAACAACUCAUUAGGAAGCUCAUUUAUCUAACCCUCACUAGGCCAGACAUAGCCUUCUCUAUGCAUCUUCUCAGUCAAUUCAUGCAUAAACCAACAUGUGUCCACCUUCAAGCUGCAAAAAGAGUCCUUAAGUAUCUCUGA